CGGUCGGUUUGAUGAUCAUUCUAAAUGCUCGCGGUUCCGCGGCAACGUUUGAGAUGUUCUUCAUUUGUCUCUCUCCAUCCGGCACUCUCUUCUGCAGCACCUCGCUAAUGGUCGUUCCCACUGGUUAUCCGUAGAACAUCGCGGAGCCCCCAGGCUACGUUACCAUGGAAACCGCAUCAUCCUUCCUCUGCUCGAAAACAAACCUUUUUGGCUGUAACACGGUAGACAGAAGCACAAAUUCUCUCAGGCAUUCCAACAAACGUCUACAAUCCCGUCUCCCCAUCAAGCAUUCGUGCAGUCUUCGAAACUUCAGAACCGCCAAAACUCCUUUGAAUAGCUCCUUUUCUGUAUACCCAUUUCCACCAUCUCCAUUAAGGGCGAGAACCCAUUUUCUUCAUCCCCUCAAAUGUUCACAUUCCGAAACUGCUGGCUCAGAAUCUCAGAACGCAUUACUAAAUCCCUUGAAAAACCUUUCCUUCGGUUCGUUGAGAACAUUGCUUUCUCAGUUAACCCCUAUUGAUAUAUGCAAAUGGUCGGCCAUGUUUUCCAUUUCCAUUGCAGCCGCCAAAUGGACUGUAAAUUUACUUUUGAACCCUUUCUUCUGGAUGUAUUUUAGCUGGACUUGGUUGUUCUGGCCGUGGUUUGUUGCUGUAGCUCUUGCAAUAUAUGGUUUGUACUGCCUCCGUAAACAUUUGCUUGGUGAAGCGAAUAUAGUGGAGCAGCUUUGUAUUGUAACGUCGGCAUUCACUUGGCUCACACUCGUUCCGCCUGCCCAUUUCAAUGGCUUCCUUGAAGGCUGGCCUUUCGUGUUUUUCUUUGUGUAUCACUAUUUUUUCUUCUUCAAUGUUAGUAUUAGGAGACGUUUAUACGGAGAUUAUUAUGCUCGCCCACAUGACCCCAAGUGGGAUGUGAGGUUACCUAAUUGGUACAGCCUUCUAUUUUGUGCUGGAGUCAUGGCAGGGCACUGGCUUGCAGCAUUUGAAGGACCAGAGCUGCACCUCAUACCUGGUGCGUGGAGCAAUUUGGGGAUUUGGAUACUGAUAGUGGUUGCUUUAUUUAUGCAAUAUCACUCAACAUUGUAUCUUGCGAAGUAUUCAGAAAAAGUGGUGGUGCCUACUGCGGUUGUGCAAUUUGGGCCAUAUCGUUGGGUCCGCCAUCCAAUAUAUUCUUCUACGAUGCUUCUGUUUGUGACUUAUUGUGUUGCACUCCGGGCACCCAUCAGCUCAUUAUUUGUCAUUGCGGUUUGUUUGCUGUAUUAUGAGCAGAAAGCAAGAUUAGAGGAGGAUUUGAUGCUGGAAACUUUUGGGGAGAGAUACAGUGAAUACAUGAAUAAAGUGAGGUACAAGUUCAUGCCUUGGGUUUAUUAGCUGUGCUGUUGUUAAUUAUUCCUGUUAUCAGUUUAUUGGAUAGAAGUACUAGUGUGCUGAAACCAGAAGAGGGGAUAUUUGCUAAUGUAAAACAAGCACAAUUUUUUUAUAAUCUUUAAAUUUUAAUUUUCUUCUA